GGUGGCGGAGCGGGAGAAAUCUUUCACGAAACUUGGUACAAGUUUUCUCCCAAAAUGUGAACUUCAUAGCUCGAGAAAUUGUCCGCUCUUUGUGGCCAGGUGGUGUACACACUGUGAGGACAUAAACUAGGUUCAUCUCUUUGAGUGGUUAUCUUAAGUUGUUUAUCUUCAAAAGGCUUGGAAUCAUGGGUAGCUUUGCCAUCAGAAUUGUCGUGACCAAGGACUCGCAGAAGGAGCAAAUCAAGAAAGCAGCCGAGGCAGUUCAAGUCACUGGACUAGAGACGGAGAAAAUAGACGAGAGCUCGGUGUUGGAACUGGCCGAGAGAGAUGGUCACAUGUACGUGUGCGACCCGUUUGAAGGAGACGCAUUCAAUCACCUGAUCAAGUUGGGCUGCAGGAUUGUCGGACCUCAGUGUGUGAUCUCAUGCUUAGAGAAUGAAUUGGCAGUCCCCAAAGCAGAUCACCCAGUGUAUAGCAUCAGCAUGUAUGGCGUGACUAUCAGCUGUUCCAGUGUGGAGAAGUCUGAGAGGGAGAAAAUACAUAAGUUGGUUCAAUGGAUGGGAGGAACAGUGUCUAAGAACUUCACAGACAAAGUUACACACCUUGUAGCCGGAGAGGUGGGCUCAAAGAAAUACCAUGUUGCUGCAAGUUUCAAGAAGCCCAUCAUGUUGCCUGAGUGGGUGGUGGCUUGCUGGGAGAAGGGAAAGGACAGGUAUGUGUCCGCCACGGAGGACAGCAUUUUGGCCAAGUACAGCUGUCCUAUUUUCAAGGGGUGUAUCAUCUGUGUGACUGGACUAGAGAGUGAGUUGAGGAGAGAUGUCAGCAUGCUGACCGAUGAAUAUGGUGGACGAUACUCUGGGGAGCUGAAGUUCAAUGAAUGUACACAUCUCGUUGUAAACAGCCCAAAGGGCCCCAAAUAUGAGUUUGCAAGAAAGUGGAAAAUCCACUGCGUUUCAUCAAAGUGGUUCUUCGAAAGUGUCAAGAAGAAUUUUUGUCAGGAUGAGAAUCUGUAUCGAGUUGACGCAGACGUCCAGGCAACGUCCACACCGAAUGGAGUGGCCGCCAGUUCAAGACUUAGUGCAGCUGUGACCUCAAUGGCCAACUUUAGUGCAAUCAGUAACAUCAGCAUGGCGUCGGCUGUAGACGACACGGCCAUGACAGAAGCAAACCUCUCCCUUGCUGAACCAAGGUCCGAUAAUAUGAAGGAAUUAGAUGAGUUGGAUUUGUCUCUGACAGACGCGGGUCUGUUUCUGGACGGAUGCAAGGUAUUCCUGAGUGGUUUUAGCGGAGCUCGGCUCGAGAAACUGCGCAAGAUCAUCAACACUGGGGGUGCUACACGCUUCAACCAGAUCAACGAGAGCGUCUCGCAUGUUGUAAUGGGACGGAGGGUGCCAGAGCACAUCAGCCUCCUCAUGCAAUCAUCAUACAGGCCCCAUGUAGUGAACGCCAUGUGGCUCGUUGAAAGCUUCAAGCAGACCAUCCAGGCCACAGAAGAAAACUACAUCUGUCUUAACUUGCCACCACUCACGUCAGCAUCACCAGCUAAUCACUCAAGACCUGAAAAGCAGAGGAUGUCCCUGGGAAAAAAUAAAAACAAGGAACGUUCCAAGAAGUCGGCCAGUAAGGCGGAGGAAGAUGCGGAAGAUGCUGACAUGAUGCAGCAGUAUCUACCAGGAGCAGCAGAUCAGAAUGAAACAACCAACGAUUCCGAGGUGGUUUUUAAUCUACCCAAAGAAUGUGAUCCCGAGCUAACCAGAAUAUCUCUUGAUGACGACGCCACUCAAAUGGACGAUGAGGCUAGCAGUGAGGAGGAAGUGACAAUCCUGGAAGAGCAGACUGAUGGGAUAUUCGCUGGCAAGUCCUUUGUUAUCUUGGGUUUCCCCCCGGAACAAGAAGAGCAGAUUCUGGAUAUGCUUAUCACAAACGGAGGAAAGGUCAAAGCUACUGCUAGUCGGGGCAUCGCAGACUUUGCCGUCGUUCCAAUCAACGGUUGCAAGGUCAAUGUAUCCGUCCAUGAGGUCAUCUCAAACUGCUGGCUGCAAAUGUGUAUGGAGGAGAAUAUGUUCCUGGACCCGACGUCCAAUCCACUGUUCACACCCAUUUCAAUAAUGGAAGAGGCCAGUCCGCUUUGUGACUGCGUUGUUACCAUCAGUCAGUUCUCCGGUGUGGAGCGCGAUUGCCUGGUCCACAUCGCCGAGCUUCUCGGAGCCAACUGCCAGGAGUACUUCUCCCGGAAGGCCACGGAGGCCUUGAGACCCAACACGCACCUGCUGCUGAAGGAGCCCAACGGCUCCAAGUACAAGGCCGCUAAAAAAUGGAAAGUACCCGCAGUGACCAAAGAUUGGCUGUUGGAGACAGCCCGGACAAGUAAACGCCAGCCAGAGAAGAAAUUCCUGGUGGACUUUGCACCCCCACCACAAGAUCCAAGUCCUCCCAAAAGUCGCCUUCCGACUUCUAGAACUGAUCACAUCGCCCCAGUAUCAGAUGAGGGAGCGACUUCAAGAGCAGGGAAGGUCUCUGUUUCCAGCGAGCCGCAGAGCAAACCCCAGGAUCUUGAUCGUCAAAAUGUUGACCGACUAAAAGCUUGUGAGGAUCGAGUUGAGAAACCGUCCAGAACCGAAGAGGCUAACUUGGUCUCCGAACGCCAGGAAGACUCUAGAACUAGCAUAGAUGUAAAUAAGACUACGGGCGUGUCCAGCGCGAAGGGAGAAGCAUCCAAAGGAGAUAAUAAGGAAAAUAGUACAGGCAUGGCUUCAAAGGAUGCACCCAGGGGCACGCCUGUCGUGAAUAAACACCUGUCGGUGUCUGAGAGUGGUGGUGAGGCGUGGUCAAAGGACACGCCCAGUAAAUUCCUAGGAGUGGGAACGGUGUUUCAUCCUACUUUUGACACCAAGGAUGCGCUGGCGUACUUGGAGUCACCGGCCGGAGUACAUCAUAAGAAACGUCACACAAGAAAGUCUAGUCUGCCGUUGGAUGAUUUCUUCCACAUGAACAUUGCCAAAGCACUGCAGAAAACGGGUGAACAGGCUACCAACGAGGAGGCAGACGAAACUGUCUUUCAUGAACAGGUGAAGUCCAAGGGAGUCCUGGAUGGAGUGAUCCUCUCUGUCAGCAGGAAGCUAGUCUCCAAGCAGGCAGAGUAUAACACCCUGGCUGUGUCUCUAGGCGCCGAGUUCCGCUGGACGUUUGAUGACAGCUGUACCCAUUUCAUCUUCAAGGGAAGAGCAAAUGACACAUCAAAAGAGUUCCGAGCAGCCAAGAGUAAAGGAAUGCGCAUCGUUUCACCUGUUUGGCUCCUAGCUUGUGAGGAAGAAGAGAGGCGAGUGGAUGAGACGAGCUACCCGCAUACCUACAAUCCCAAGAUGAGUUUGUCGGUCGUCUCAACAAGGCGUGAAACUCCAUCUAGGACCCCUGCCCGCUCUUCCCGUAAGACGCGCAGCAUGGCUCAAUCGGCGACCCCGUGCCCGCCACCAGCCCAGGCUAAGCAGCCAUCUCAGGCCACCCCGACUCCACAGGCUAUCCCAACUCCCCGGGUCGUACCCACUCCCCACGCCGCGCCCGCUCCACAACACGACGAAACCGCUAUGGAUGGUUUCAGAGCAGGAUCCACCGACAGCGACGAGGAACUGAUGCGGAUAGCGGAGGCCGCCGAGAUGGGGGAGGUCGUCGAGGAAGAUGAGCCGGAGGUCAUGGACAACGAGGAGGGGUCACUGGAGCAGCGAGAGAACCUUCAAAAACAACUUGAGGGCUUCAUGACGUCAACAAUGAAUGUCAAAGGUGGACGGAGACGAAGUCGAAUGCACAAGGGCAGCUCCUCAGGGAUUGACACUUCAUCCAACAGCACAUCAGCAUCCAGAGAUAGAUCCGGCCAUCAGGAGAGUGGUAGGCGCACACGGUCAAGCAGGGCCAUGGUUCACAGCGUGGAUGGUGGGCAAGCUGCGGGGACCAGCCGGACACUGACUGUGCGACCCCCGGAGGUUCACCCGGAGGCCUCUCAGAAUGUACAGAUAACCUGGGACGACCAGUCAGGUCGGCACGAAAGAGAGAAGAUCAUGGCUCAUCUGAAGAGGUCCUGCAGCCCCUCCCAGGAUUAUGCUGAAGACGACGAGAAUAUGGAGAUGGGAAGAGAGGUCUCCCCUAGAGGUCUCCUUCGAGGGAGUGCCAUGGGAGAGAUGCCCUACAAAGAGGACUCUAGAGACUCUGCUGUAACGCCUCCUACCCCACGGGCUCCUUCCAUCCGUCUGCCUGUAGCUAACCCACCAGUUGCCCCUCAGCCUCGCAAGCAGGACACCACUGCCUCCGACUUAGAGGUACCCACCAAGCCGCAGCCUACGUUUCUCCUAUCAGGCAUGAGUCAGGAUGAGAAGAUUGACUACAGUGACCUCAUUGAGAGGCUUGGGGCUGUCGUUAAAGACGGGAUGUAUUUCGUCCCUAGCUGUACCCACAUAGUGGUCGGCAAUCCCACCCGCAAUGAGAAGUAUUUGGCCUGCCUGGCAUCCGGGAAAUGGGUGCUGCAUAAAUCGUUCCUGGAAGCAUCUCGGAAGGCUGGAGAGUUUGUCGAGGAGGAGCUGCAUGAGUGGGGUAGCGCGACAGACCUCAGCACGCUGAAUGAACAGACGGGCAAGUUGGCUCUCGCUGCUUGCAGGUGGCGUAGGCAACUGCAAGAACACCCCCAGGCUGGGUAUGACCUAGAGCUGUACGGAGCUUUCAGCGGUUGGCGCGUCAUUCUCUACAUCGAUCGGCAGAAGGAGGCGGGCUUCAAGAGAAUACUCCAGGCUGGAGGGGCGAAGAUUGCGAGCAUGCGACCCCCGUUUGGUUGCCUGGACCAGGUCACCUAUGCCUUCAUGGACCUGCAGAAGACUAAGACGCCUGAAGGGGCGAUUGAUCUGGAAGCUAUGGCCUCUGCUGGUAUACUCUGUCUGAAACCAGAGUUCAUCGCGGACUUCCUUAUGCAAGAUGAAGCACCGUCACAUUCCAACUACUUCAUCAGCGAGGUCAAACCAAUCAUGGAGAGACUCUAUGAGAACCAUCAUUCCCGAAGCGGCCGCACUCCUUCCAAGAGGAAACAGCUUGACUCUGCCUCAACGCCCAGGAGCAAGAAGGGUCGGGUACGAUGAUGAAGGAGUCUCGUCACCGCUUGAAGCGUCUUAAAGAGUGUUGAAUAAAUUGGGACUUGUUAUCAGGCAUGCAACUCUUAUGCUGAUCCACGUUUUUUUCCCAGUUUCAUAAAAUAGAAAUCCGUCAUUACAAAAAUUCAGCGCAACAAAAAUCCGCGUUGGAUGCUCUGCGGAAGUUUAAAAGCGCACAAGGGUGUACACGCCUGCAAUCGUGUACCUCCCAUUGUCCCUCUUUGGUUUAUAAUACACCAACUUUUUUGCAACAGCUCCCAUUCGCUCGGCCCCAGCAGCCAGUCUAUCCAGGACCGCUGAAAUGGGCUAAUCGC